AGAGCUUAAAAUGUAUCACACUUCCUUCCACUUCAAAACAUCACAAAAUUAUUAAAGUAACACCUAAAACCGAAGAAAUGGGCUUAAAAAUGAAAGAGAGAUCAAGAAAAGGAGGUUUGAUUGCGAUAUUGGUUCUAGUCUUUUGUUGCUUCUUCGAGAAUAUGGUCGGGAUCUCGAUCGCGGUUUCACCUUAUGAACCAGUUACAAGUUAUAUUUCGGGAAGGUUCUUUGCUCUCCACAACAAAUACGAGAUGCUGAAAUCGUUGCCAUCUUAUACUGAGUACCACAGAAGACUCAAUCUAGCGACAGUUCAAGUGUGGCAAACGAUAAGAAACAGGUCUAGAGAUGGUUUCAUCACUUUGAGCAUCAAAUCAAUGCAUUUUUUCAUCUCAAAGCUUAUGCAAUAUAGAUAUUCAAUAUCCCUUGUAACUCCAGUCUAUCACUCUUGGACUUCUCGAAUUAUUUUCUGGGUUUCAUUAACACGAUCAGUCUCGUCAAUGACCAACGACACAGCUUUGUGAUUUUUUUUAAUCUUCACAUAAGGUGUUAGGUGUGUGUGUUUUUAUGUACGCAAACAUGUAAGUGAUAUUUGGAUAUAUAAAACAGAGAAGACCUACAUGGUUGAUAAAAUAAUAUUUUGUCAACCAAUUGCAAAAGAAGUUCAAUAUAUUAUUAAGUAUUUUAUUUUA